CUUCAUACUUAUUCUUUCGCCCGUGCUAACGUGCGCACUGUCUGCCUUAAUCGCAGAGCGCACCUUUUCGUACCUAGAUUACUACAAUUCGGUCAGAAUUGUUCGCAUCCUUCAGACCGGGAGGGUCGGUAGUUAAUAGCAAUGCAGAAAAUUUAACUGAAAGGCGGCAGCUUCUUUCGUGGGUGACAACGGCAAAGCGGUAGCCUCUGCCCGAAUGCAGCAGCUUAUCGCAAGGUUGUUUCACUGUAGUAGCUGCCAUCUUUCGAAUCAGUUUCGUGUUUGAAAAGAGGCAGUAACGAUACAUGGGAGGCGACGUCUGUCGGAGGUUGGAGAAGCAGCGUGUCAUAUCAUGAGUGACUAGGGGCGUGAGAAAGACGACCGAGUCGGAGCUGUUAUGGAUACCAUUGGGGUGUCUUUCCUGGACCCGCUCGAUGAUUACGAAUUGAUACACCGGGUUGGGAGCGGCACCUACGGAGAUGUGUUUAAGGCACGCAACAUCAAGACGUCAGAGAUGGCGGCCAUCAAAAUCGUCAAACUGGAUCCUGGUGAUGACAUCACCUCUAUCCAGCAAGAAAUCACCAUGAUGAAGGAGUGCAAGCACAAGAACAUCGUGGCCUACUUCGGCAGCUACCACAGGAACACCAAGCUGUGGAUUUGCAUGGAGUACUGUGGAGGAGGGUCACUGCAAGACAUUUACCAUGUAACAGGCCCCCUGAAAGAGAAGCAGAUUGCCUACGUCUGCAGGGAGAUGCUCCAGGGUCUGCACCACUUGCACGAGACGGGGAAGAUGCACAGGGACAUUAAGGGAGCCAACAUCCUUCUGACAGAGCGAGGAGAUGUCAAACUGGCGGAUUUUGGUGUUGCGGCAGAGAUAAGCGCCUCUGUGGCCAAGAGGAAGUCUUUCAUCGGGACUCCCUACUGGAUGGCGCCGGAAGUGGCAGCGGUGGAGAAAAAGGGAGGGUACAACCACCUGUGUGACAUCUGGGCUGUGGGUAUCACUGCCAUCGAGCUGGCCGAGCUACAGCCGCCCAUGUUCGACCUCCACCCAAUGAGAGCCUUGAUGCUGAUGUCAAAAAGCAACUUUCAGCCUCCCAAACUCAAAGACAAGGCCAAGUGGUCUGCAGGGUUCCAUAGCUUUGUGAAGAUGGCCCUCACAAAAAACCCUCGAAAGAGACCCACAGCGGAAAGACUCCUGCAGCACCCUUUCAUGACCCAGCUGCUGUCUCGAACCCUCAUCAUUGAGCUGCUGGACAUGGCCAACAACCCGGAUCUCCACUUCUCUCAGGUGCUGGAGGAGAGCGAGGCGGAGGUGAGCAAUGCGUUCCCUGAUAAGAUCCAGGCGGAGGGGAAGAGGCUGGCUGGGGAGCGCACUCUGUCCGAGGAGCAGUUCGACCAUGUGAAGUUUGGGCCCCCCAGGCGGAAGGAGACGGACCCCUACCCCGAUCUGGAUUCCUACGACGACUGGAGCAUCUCGGGAGACGAGGACGAGUCCCCGAGUCUGCUGGAAUGCGUUGAGGAGGCAUUGCUGCAGAGGAGCUUAACAAUAAAGAGAGCUCCCUCUGGUGAGCACGGUCCAGGGGAGGAGGGGGGUAAAGGCGGAGCGCUGAAGAGGUGCGGUUUGCUCAGCGCCCCCCUGGCGCCCAACACCUCCUCCCUGCCCUGCUUUGCCUCUCUCUGCCCCAGCCUGGAGGACAAGGACCUCACCCUCCGCCCCAGCUCCACCCUGCAGCCCAACUCCACCCUCCUCCCAAACGCCGGUGCAGUGCUCUCCAGGUGUUCUGCCAGCCAGGAUAUAAGACUGUGGUGCAGUGAUCCCUGUGCUCCUGAGGGAGGCGCCAUUGAGGGGCAGAAGGCUGCGGGAGUCCGCUCCCAACCCCGCGACACCCCGCUGUCCCCCGAGUGGAGCACACUGAGAAGGCAACACGAGGAGUCUAGAGCAGGUUGUCAUGGGCUGCCCCCCACACCCCAAGUCCAUAUGGGGGCCUGCUUCUCCAAGGUGUUCAACGGCUGUCCCCUCAAACUGCACUGUGCUGUCACCUGGGUCCUUCCUAAGACCAGAGAUCAGUACCUCAUCGUGGGGGCAGAGGAGGGCAUCUACACCCUGAACCUCAACGAGCUGCACGAGGACACUAUGGAGAAGCUGCUCCCACAGCGAUGCACCUGGCUGUACGUCAUGAACAAUGUCUUAAUGUCCAUCUCAGGAAAGUCGUCCCAGCUGUUCUCCCACAGCCUGACGGGGCUCUUCGACCAGCGCAGGCACCUGCAGAAGCGGCAGGGACACCUGUCACUCAGCACCAACCGCCUGACAGAGAGGAUCAACCCCAGGAAGUUUGCUGUCUCUGUGAAGAUACCGGACACUAAGGGCUGUCGGAGGUGCAGUGUGGUGAGAAACCCCUACACUGACAGCACGUUCCUGUGUGGUGCUGUGCCCUCUGGCCUGGUGCUGCUGCUGUGGUAUGAACCCCUGCAGAAGUUCAUGCAGCUCAAGCACAUACCUGUGUGUCUGCCAGACCCUCUCCCCAUUUUCGAGCUGCUGGUGCUGGAGUCUGAUGAGCUUCCCCAGGUGUGUGUGGGAGUGAGGGGGUGUGUCUCGGGGGGCAAGGCCCAACCAACCAAUCAGAGGCUGCAGUUUGAUAUUAUACCACUGAACAGCACAGCCAGCUCCCCACAGCCAGACAGUGUGCCUCUGAAGGCGGUGCAGGUGACGCAGCUGGACAGGGACACAGUCCUCAUCGCCCUGGAGAAGGUGGUGAAGAUUGUGAAUUUGCAGGGCUUCCCCAGCAAAGACCUGGCCUCUGAGCUGACCUUUGAGUUUGCCAUCGAGACAUUAGUCUGUUUGCAGGAUAGUGUACUGGCCUUCUGGAAGCACGGCCUUGGAGGGCGGAGUCUGCAUAAUAAUGAGGUCACCCAGGAGAUCACAGAUGAAAGUCGUGUGUUCCGGGUCCUGGGGACGAACAGAGACAUCGUCCUUCAGAGUACCCCUACAGGGAACCCCUCUGCCAUGAGUAACCUGUACAUCCUGACGGGCCAUGAAAGCAGCUACUGAGAGAAAGAGAAAGAGAGAGGGAGAGAGAGAAUGAGAGAGAGAGAGAGAAAAAGAGUG